GUGAUUGAUAUUUCCCGUUUUAAAGUUCUUCACUGCCUGGGGAAAAGGCAGACAGCACGAAGAGCAUGAUUGUCCUCCUAAGCCAUCGCCUUCAAUAAGUCGCAGCCUCCGGUCUCCGGCAGCAAUAAUCCAAGUAAGCUUCAUUCUGUGAAACUUCUGUUCUGUAAUUUUACUCAUCCGGCGAAGCCACGACGUACGGCAUGGCAAAAUUAGCACCUGAACAAGAAGGAGAGAGUGAUAGGAUUAGCAGCUUGCCAGACCCUCUGCUUCACCGCAUCCUCUCUUUUCUUCCCAUAAAAGAAGCCAUAGCCAAGAGCUUGAUCUUGUCCAAGAGGUGGACUCCGCUAGGGCUAGCAAUGCCCGCUCUCGAUAUUCAUGACACUGGCUUUGCUACUCUUAAUUCUUUGAUUCAAUUUGUAGAUGCAGUCCUGUUCUUGUCACAUCCCAAACCCAUAAACAUGUUUCGUCUCAAGUGUCAGAGGUUCCAAGUGCCUCCUGUCAGGAUUAAUCUGUGGAUUAACUUUCUGAUGAAACGUAGAGUUGAGCAUCUUGAGCUAUGUUUUGCAGAUUUAAAUUCUUAUAGUCACGUUGAUGUGCCUGCUUGCAUUUUCCACAGCAGUACCAUUAAGGUUUUAAAGUUGGCUAAGGUUAAGCUGAAUGUUCGAUCUGUUUAUUUGCCUUCACUCAAAGUAUUGCAUCUGGUGGAAGUUCAAUUAUCAAAUGCUGAAUCUGUGGCUAAUAUCCUUAAUGGAUGUGCUCUUCUUGAAGACCUGGUAUUAAAAUCUUGCUCUGGUCCUUCUAAAGAUUUCAAGUACCCCAGGAUUGGAAGGUUUGAACAUUUGGUGUCGGCAGAGGUUCAACUAUCUUGGGUUCCGUUGGCAGCUUUUAAUAAUGUUAGGCUUCUUCGGAUUGAGGACGAGCAGUUCUGCAGGAGACUAUCUUUGUCAUGUCUUCGGACGACAUUUUAUAAUUUAACUCACCUGGAAUUCUCAUGUCUGACGAGUGAUGUAGACAUUCUCGUGACAUUCCUUCGAAAAUUCCCAAAACUUGAAAUUCUUGCUAUUCACAAGCUGGAUCCUAUUUUGGAGCGAAGUUCGGUGAAGUCAAUGCUUGAUGUUCCUCAAUGUCUUUCAACACAUCUUAAAAAAUUUUGUUUGGGUGAAUAUAGAGGGUCGGAAUGUGAGUUUGAACUUGCAACAUUUAUUAUGAAGAACGCAAGUGUUUUGAGAAACAUUUCCAUUUGCAGCUCUGCAAAUGAAAACGCAGAUGCGAGACUCCAAAUGCUCAUAAGAUUAUCAUCAUGUCCUAGAGGUUCAUUGAAUUGCAGGCUGCUGUUCAAGUAAAUUUUUGAAUUGUAAAAUGCUUUUGUUUGUCAUGUUUCUUUAUUUCUUUUUAUUUUGGCUGAUUUCCCUCUUGGCUAUAUCUUGGACAACAUUUUACGCUGGACACUUAAUGGAACUCGUUUUAGUUGUGUUUUUGUUAGAUGUGAGAAGAUAAUAUUUAUAUA